AUGACAAACACAAACCUCCGCGGCUUCACCCAAGCCGUCCGCACCCUCCUCACAACACCCUCCCAAUUCCUCCCUCACCUCACAAUCCCAACCUUCACGCAUCUCCCCGAGAACAUCGGUCCACACCUCCAACAAACACCACCAACAACCGAAAACCCCACGACAAAGUCACCAGUAAUCCGCGCCCUAGUGCUCGACAAAGACAACACUCUCUGCCCCCCGAAAACAACAACCUUCCCUCCCCAAAUCCUCUCCAAACUCGAACUCCUGCGCAAAUCCCCAACAUCCCCAUUCAAUCAACAAACCUCUCCGUCAUCGAUAUUAAUAGUCUCAAACCGCGCAGGCAGCCAUCCGCGCUACGACGCCGAAAUACACUCCCUCGAAUCCAGCCUCGCACACCUCCAAAUCCCCGUCUUUAGACUUCCCGCGGGGAUCGAGAAGAAGCCGUUCUGCGGUGACGCUGUUGUGGAAUGGUUCCGGGAGCGGGGGAUUGUUGAGCGGGCGGAUGAGAUUGCGGUUGUGGGGGAUCGGUUGGGGACGGAUGUGGUUAUGGCAAGUAUGAUGGGGGCGUGGAGUGUUUGGUGUCGGGAUGGGGUGUAUGAGGGGGUUGAGGCUGGGAAAGGGAGGCCGGGGAUGAAUAUGUUGGAGAGGAUGGAGUUGUUGCUGGAGAGGUAUUUGAGGGAGUCGAGGGGGUUGUGUGCGCCACCGCCGAAGGGGUGGAAUGGCAGUUCGUAG